AUGACCUCCAAUAUUCCCACAGGUCGUCCUGCUCGGAGUGUGGCCGAGAUCCUAGCUCAGGACCACACUUCGGCUUUUGCACUCACCCCAUCGCUUAUCCAACUCUAUUCCAUUCUUGCUCCCGCUUGUCUCGUCGUUUGCGCAACCAACGGCUAUGAUUCGAGUCUCCUUACCGGUCUUCAAGGUGUUGAAGCCUGGAAGGAACAAUUCGGCUCGCCAAAGGGUGCCCUCUUGGGCAUCACCAGCGCGUCUUAUCCCCUCGGCGCAAUUCUUUCCACCCCGUUAUCCGCCUUUAUCUCGGAUCGUUUCGGUCGUCGUCAGUCUAUCAUAAUCGGAAGUCUCAUCAUGAUCCUCGGUGUUAUCAUGCAAACUGCCAGCUCUAGCAUUGGCCUCUUCCUCGGCGGAAGAAUUGUCGUCGGAUUUGGUAUCACGCUCGCCCUCGCAGCCGGCCCGGUCCUCAUUUCGGAACUCGCUCAUCCACGACAUCGAAGUGCCUGGGCAUGGCGUCUUCCGACCCUUCUUCAAGCGGGACCUGCCCUCAUUCAGAUUACCUUCAUCUGGUUCCUCGACGAAUCCCCUCGAUGGCUGGUAUAUAAAGACCGUGGCGAAGAGGCAUACAAGAUCCUGGUUAAGAACCACGGAAACGGGGACUGGAAUGAUCCUCUCGUGCAGGCUGAGUUUUGGGAGAUGAACGAGACUCUCAAAGCUGAACGAGCUGUCAAGGAACAGGGUUUGAAGCUCUUUUUCGCUACACCAGGCAAUCGGAAGCGACUGUUCCUUCUUAUCACUCUGGCAGUUUUCGGGCAGUGGAGCGGCAACGGCCUUGUGUCAUACUACCUCACCAAGAUUCUGACCAGCAUCGGCAUUGUAACCCAGCAUGACCAAACCAUGCUGACCGGUACAAUCAGCACUGUCAACUAUGCCACUGCACUAUUCGCCGCGGUUCUGUCUACCAAGGUUGGCCGUCGAACGAUGUUUGUUGGUGGCGGUGUAGCCAUGUUUGUGACCUUUUCUGCUCUCACAGCGAGCAUUGCUGUGUACAACGAGAAUGGUUCAAAGGCAGCGAGCAAGUCGGCGCUUGCUUUCAUCUUCAUCUACUAUGCGUCCUUCAACAUGUGUCUGAACCCACUAUUGUUCGCAUAUCCCACCGAGAUCUUGCCCUUUAGACUUCGAGCGAUGGGUCUGAGUAUCCUGCUGUUCGCGAACAAGGCCGCCUUGUUCUUCAACCAAUUUGUUAACCCCGUUGGAAUGGACAACUUGGGAUGGAAGUAUUACCUCGUUUAUGUGGUUUGGCUGCUGGUAGAAGUGCUCGUCUUCUGGUUCUUUUACCCCGAGACGAAGGGUUUUACUUUGGAAAAGGUUCAGGAGGUGUUUGGAGACGGCGUGGAUCUUGAUGGCCCGGAGGAGAAGGGGAAGCUAGGGGACGUUUUUGGUGUCCAUGAGGUGAACGAUGAGGACAGUGCACAUGUUGAGAAGGUUAGCAAGGUCAAGUCUCUGACGGCCCAGUAA